GGGCGAUUUCGCAGGAUGCAGGCGAGAGGCUGCGCAGAGCCCAAAGCCGAGCUCCAGGUGCAGAUGAGUAAUGAAAGAAGCUUUGAAAAUGUAGAACUGGGAGUCAUCGGAAAAAAGAAGAAAGUCCCAAGGAGAGUCAUCCACUUUGUCAGUGGUGAAACAAUGGAAGAAUAUAGCACGGAUGAAGAUGAAGUCGAUGGCCUGGAAAAGAAAGAUGUUUUGCCUACUGUUGAUCCGACAAAACUUACCUGGGGUCCCUACUUAUGGUUUUAUAUGCUUCGUGCUGCCACGUCAACUCUCUCAGUGUGUGACUUUCUUGGAGAGAAGAUUGCAUCUGUUUUGGGCAUCAGUACCCCAAAAUACCAGUAUGCCAUUGAUGAGUAUUACAGGAUGAAGAAGGAGGAGGAGGAAGAAGAAGAAGAAAACAGGAUGUCUGAAGAAGCAGAAAGACACUACCAACAGAAUAAGCUGCAGGCUGAUUCCAUUGUUCAGACAGAUCAACCAGAAACAGUGGUGUCCAGUUCAUUUGUGAAUCUCAAUUUUGAAAUGGAGGGAGAGUGUGAAGUAUUUACAGAAAACAAACAAAAUCCAGUCUCUGUCCCACCAUAGAAUGCAACGACUCUCAGACUUCAAACUCUAAGGUGGUUUUUAUACCAGGAACUUUCACAUUCUCUAUUCAGUGGGAUUUAAUACAGUUAUUUAUAUUUUAAAUUAUCUAUAAAGGGAAAACUCUUUAUUCUUGGGCUCUAUCUAGCAAAAGUCAGAUCUGAAAUUUGGAUAUUUGUACUAUGCUUUUACUGUGUGUCAAAUUAGUGUUUUGGUUUUAAAAUGAUCUUUAUAAAAAUGUUAAGGACAUUUUAGAGCCCUAACUGCCAAUUAAGAAGAGUUAAUUAUCAUGCUUGUCUGUUAUUUGUGUUUGUACAAAAAAAAUGGGUCAAGUUGCUGAUUAAGGCUAGAGUUGAUAUUCCUAAUCUCAAAUGAAAAAGGAUUUUCCCUGAUUUUUUCAUGCUCUUAUUCAUAUAUCUAACCAUUAACUUCAUACUAAAGAUGAUUCACUGAGUAAUAAAAGGAGUAAGAUAAAAGCACUUUGAAUUUUCUUUCCUUGAGAAUAACUUUACUUUAUGGAAAGGUGAUUGAGUCUGUAACACCAAAUAAGAUGGUUUUUUUUUUCUUUUUUAAAUAUUUUUAUGGAUUUAUGGUGUGAUUCAUGGCAUAUGAUGGCAAUCUUUUUAGUAAUGGGCCUAUACUACAUAAUUUAGUGCUUAAAGGAUUAGUUAUCAGAUUAUGUAAUUAAUGUCACCAUAAGUUACAGUUUACCAAUAGCUCUAAAACAUGCUAACCUAACAUCUUCCCUCCAACUUUUUUUUAACUUCUAAUUUGAGUUAGUACUUCCAACUCAGAUAUUUGGUUAUCCAGUGAAGGCAUGCAUAUCUAAAGGUGAUCUGAAUCUUUUCUCCUUAGAGGUAAUAUAUCUAACAAAAACUAGAAACUUGUCUGAUUAUAGUAGAAGGAAGAUAAUGACCUAUGAAGAUUUUGUGCUUCUUGAAUUUUAUUUUCUUUACUUGUCUAACAGUGGCCAGUUUGUAAUGUUUACAUAGUUAAACACUGUGCCUUAAAUUUUUAUAUUUUUAUUUAUGCAAACUAUAAAAUUUCCCAUAAAUGCAUUAAAUGGUUUUGUCUUAUU